AUGGGAGCGCUUGGGGGCGGGGCGGGGCGGGGCGGCGCGCGGUACAGUAGGUCUGUGUGCUGCGAUUGCAUAACCGCCGGCGGGGGCAGGGGGCGGCGCGGGGGGUGCCCGCGCUUACGUAACCGGCGCGGCGGCAGCGCGCUGGGGGGCGCUCGCCCAGCGCAGCCUCCGCCCGCUGNGGGCCCGAGCGCCGCCUCCUCGCCCCGCGCCGCCGCCUCGGCUCCCGCCGCGGUGCCGGAGUGCGCGGCGUUACGGGGGUGUGUCUGCGCGGCGUGCGGAAACCGAGCCCUCACACCCGCCGUCUCCACGCCAUCGAACAAGGACGCGGGAGCCGCGCUCCCGAGGCGCGUACCCGCCGCCUCGCCACGCACACGGGCGGUCCGCCGGCGGAUCGCGCUGCGGCCGCUGUCACUCGCGGAAAGCAGUGGUGAUAAUCGUAAAAGGACGAGGAGGAGAGGAAUGGCAAGGGGAAAGGAGCCCGCUGGCGGCCUUGCCGGGGCGCCGCUGGCCCUGGGCUCCGCGGGCGCCGAGGUUUGUCCGCCGGCCUUCGUGGCCGUCAAGGCUGAAGGAUUUCGGUGGCGUUGCCUCAUCUCCGCCCUCGCCUGUGAGCUGGCAGCGCUGAAGUGCUGCGCAGAAGCGGGGACGCACUUGGCAGAAGCUCGGUCGCGCUGGCCCUGCCGCGGCGAUCCCCGCCGAGAGCCCCCGUCCCCGCGGGCCGAGCCUUGCCUCCCAGGGAGCCGAGGUGCCGUGGAGAGCCUGGCGCUGGUUUGUCCCCUGCUCAGCCUCCGUUUUAGAAAGUGACACAUGGCCAGCAAGAAAUCCAGUUGUCAUCCCAGAAUGGGCUUGAAUGCACACGUUUGAUUAGGUGUGAGAUACGUAUCUUACUCUUAUCCUCACAGAAGCAUAUGCAGCCUUGUUAAAGGUAACGGACUAUGGAACCCACUGUGACAGAAAUGGGGAUUCAAAAGCAGCUCGAGUCCGAGAGAUCAACCACUGCCUCCACCUGGAGGCUGCACAAUCAGGUUUUUGUUUUUUUUUUCCCAUGCUUCCACUUGCCAGUGGAUAACAGCCAUGCAGAGACAGUUGGCAUCUACUGGAAAUGUCAGACAUGAGAUCCAGCAAUAAGCUUGAAGACCUGCUUGCUCAUAAAUAUUGGUGGCUUACUUAAGGUCUUAGGCACACUGAAGAACCUGUGUGAGGAAUCUUGUGUGGCACACAUUAUGUCCCACACAUAUUGUACCAAUCCAGUGCACUGAGUUCUCAGGACUGUCAAAAGCCAAAGUAAAUCGUGAAACUUCAGGCAGUUUUAAAAAUUAAAUGGUACAUAUUGUUUUCACAAUAAAUGAUUUCUUAUGGUUUCUUAUGAAUCCUGGGUAUACACUUUUAACAACUUCAAUUCUCUUAUCUAGAAGAGAAAAAAAAAAAACAGUAGUUGAAAUUUGCCUUCAUGACUCAGGUCCUUGAAAUUCUAGAAUUCUAGAAAGAAGUCUCCAAGGCAAAUAAUAUCCUUUCUAUGUGGGUGAACAGUCUUGGAAAUAAUAUUCCAGAUGGAGUUUGGUCACCUAUUUGCUUAUAUGUUUGUCACUAAUUAUAAUCAGCCAUAAAAACAGACCUGAUCUUUCUCCCAGAUUAGUAGCAAAGAUGUUUUCUAUAUUUUACUUUACUUCUGUUGGUGAAGGUCAGGAAAGUUGAAACCUUUUACAGCAAAAUCUGCUCUUACUCUCCAAAUCUUAC